CACGCGUGUUAUUGUGAGCCAGAAGUCAUGGUGGUAAAGAAGAAAACCCCAAAAGUGGAAACUUUGGUUCUGGAGAAAACUGAGCUUGACAAACUGACUGGUUCCCUCUCUGUAGAAGGAGAUAAUGAGUCCAGCAAGCUUGCACAGGUACUUAAGGUUUGUUUGGCCUCCACUGACCCAGUUCAGCAGAUCCAGCUGGUCUCAAAGGCAGGCUCCAUGCUGGAGCAUUUAAAUGAGGAUGAGUCUUCUAAAGAUCCAUUACUCCCAGUCUGCCUGGACACUCUUGCACUCAUGUACACCAGCAUACUGCAGGCUAAGAACCCACUGAAGUCGGCUGUCUCCAGUGCUCUAGGUAAUGUUCCUGAUUGGCUACAGGAGAAGACUGUGUGCUGUCUUUCGGCACGCCUGUCUACUUCUCUGUCCUCAAAGAGUUCUGAGCAUUACCCCCAUCUUACAAACUGCAUUACUUCUUGUCUGGAAGCCUUUCCAAUUGGAGAGAGAUGUAUUCAUCGCUUACUCACAGAAGUCCUUCAGUUCCUCCAAAAGGCUGUGAGUGAAUACAUAGAGCGCAACAGAGAGUUAGGUGGUCAACAUGUAGCCCAGGCCAAGCUCAUGCAGAAUUGUCUGGCUGCGGUCAAAGCCUCAAUGUUGGUGAUUCAGAGAUCUCAGGAGCUGAUCACUGCGGCUCUGUUGGAGACUCCAAACAAUUACACACUCCAGUGUGCCUUCAGUGGACUUCUAGACUGCUAUACACGCAUCCUGACUAAUGAGGAGUUUGUUCAGGCGGUACAAAGCACGGCUGGGAUGGCUGUAGUUCUACUGAUUAGGUCUGUCCUUGGAAGUGGAGAUGAUGCUGCAGUCAUGGUAGCAGGUCUGCUGCAGUGCUCAAGACAGGAGCUACACAGCGCCCCUCAGUGGCUGACGGAGAGCUGUGCAGGCCUUUACAUAAACAGCAGACCUGCUGCAUUCACUCUCUAUCUGAGCCAUGGAGCUUUGGCCAUGCUUAGCUGGAAAAGGAAAAUUCUAGGUCCCCAUGCUGUAAAACUGCUGCUCCUUAUUCCAGAUGUGAUUCUGUCCUUGGAUACAAGAGUGAAAGAGUCCAGCACUGCUAUGGUGGUCUCCAGAGUUUUAACUCUUUGGAGCAGCGCUGCUCUCGACUGCCUACAGAUUGAAUGCCCUCCUCCUCUCCUCUGCCAGUCAAUUAAUGGUGAGGGCCCACUAACUAAGCACCUCCUCCAACAUGUCUACGCCCACUGGGAGCACCCGUUGGAUGGUGUGCGCCACCAAACCCGUGCCCUCUUCCGGAACCUCCUAUUGCUCCACCAGCACUCCAGUGAUUCUACCUCUGACCCAUUGUCUGAUCCUUACAUUGCCAAGCUGACCCAAAGCCUGCUGGCACUAGAGUGGCAUGCAAAGGGCAAGUAUGGCUCCUUGGCAUGUCUGACCGAACACCUGGGUGCGGAGUACCUUCUACAGCUGGAAGCAAAUCUGCCAUCCAGGCUCUUAGGCCUUAUGGGAGAUCAGACGCUGGCGUCAUAUGCCAGUGAACUGUUGGAGAAGCUGUUUGUGAGUCACAAGAGUCAGCUGUGUGACCGGUUCGAGGAUGACAAGGGCUGGAUGGAUGAAUGGCACCAGACCUGGGUGAUUCCUCUUUUGGAGGUGUUGUGCACAGCCAGACUAGAGCAGACCACAUAUAUUCUGGAUUACAUUCUGCCCAAAGUGUUGCAGUGUAACCCUGAAAGUUUAGGGUGCAUGGUGCAGGCUCUGCAGGAGAUGCAAUUCUGCUUUGUGGGCUCCAUGGGGAGCAGAGGUGCAAUGGGUGCAUUAAUGACAUGUCUGCGUGCUGCCAGAGCUCAGGGAGUCCUUAAGGUUGGAGAUGAUAAUCUGUGGAGGUCGGUGUUGCCUCUUCCAUUAUUGAAGCAAGCUUUGGUUCACAAGCAUGACCAGGUGCGUAUGGAUGCUCUUGGUUUGGUGUGCGAGAGCCAUCGCAGCACAGAGACCAUCGCCACACAGGAAAUGGAUCUGAUUCGUCACUUUGUGUCUGGCAACUUGAAUAGCCAAUCACCUGGAGUCAGACAGCAGAUGAUCAGCCUGUUUAAAAAGCUUCUGUGUAGGAUGAAGGAAAGUGCUCAGUCACUGCAGAAGAAACUUGCACAAGAAAGAGAUGAUCAGCAGCGAACAAAAGACAAGCAUGUUCUUAACACAUACCAGGAAUUCCUGCACUGGAUAUGUGAGUUUUUAUUCCAGGUGCUCCAGCCAGGAGCAUCAUUCUCCUCUUGUCUGGUGGCUCUGCAGCUGCUGGGAUUGGUGGCUGAUCAGUUCUCCUUCAGCAUGGAAGGUGGCUUUGCACUUGGAGGAUGUGUAACUCAUGCUUAUGCCCAGGCUGUUCUUUACAGCCUGUCCAGCAACUUCCUGGAGGUAAAACAGCUGGCCUGUACACUGCUGCAAAAACUGCCUCCCAAAUCGGUGGGCUUGCGGGAACCAGACAGGCUGCAGUGUGUGCUCCAGGCUGCUCUAGAGCUUAGCAACAGCACCAAACCCUUCGACAGCGUCACAGCUGCUUAUCUGCUCAAUCUGCUGCUGCACCAGAAAGGUCUUCAGGAUGCACUGCUUCACUGUGCCCACAAGCAGGCCGUCCCUUUACAGCUACCUGAUAUUAACCAGUCAGAGGCUUCCUUUAUCUUGGAGAGAAGAACACUGGCAGUUGUUCUGUUCUUGAUGGCGUGUCUGAAGGCUGAGGUUGCUCAGGCUGAAGCAUCUCUGCUACAGGCUGCUGCUUCCUGUCCCUUAUAUGGCAGAGCUCACUGUAUCACUGCAGCUCUACAGCAGCUCAAUACCAGGUCUCUCCAGCUGGAGACUGAAUGGAGACAGAUAGUAUCAGAGCUCAUUGCUCUGUGCUACCGGAUUUGUGAUGUAGUGGCUCCUGUCGUUCAGAGCUCCUCCCCAGAGGGGCUUAUCCCCAUGGAUACUGAAUCUGAAACAUCCUCUGGGCUGCAGAAGAUCCUCCAAGAAAUUCAGCCUCAUGACACCAAUGACUUCUUUACCAGUGCUAGAGAACUGAACGCAACCUCUGAGAAGCAAACAUCUACACCUCAGGCAAAGAGCAGUGGAUCUGAAAAUGAAGCAUAUCGUGUCACUGCUCAGAUGGUGCUGGUGUGUUGCUGGCGAAGUAUGAAAGAGGUAUCCAUGCUACUGGGGGAGCUGUGUCAGAGUAUGCCCUUACAGACACAUACCCGUAAAGGCUUUAUUACAGAACAACAGGUGGAGAGUGUCGGGCAGUAUUUCCGCGAGCAGCUGCUUCAGUCUCGGCACAGAGGGGCUUUCGAGCUGGCCUACGUGGGAUUUGUGCGGCUGACCGAUAUGCUGUGCAGAAGUGGGAGUACAACUUUACAACAGCUGCCAUCUCGCUGGCUAAAGGAGGUUCUGGAGGAGGUGAAAUCCUGUGACCCCUCUUCUAAUCUGUGUGCCACCCGUCGCAGUGCUGGUAUUCCCUUCUACAUCCAGGCUUUACUGUCAUCGGAGCCAAAAUCAUCCAGCUGUAGCCUGCUGAAGAUGACUAUGAGAGAGCUGACUGUUCUGGCUAUGCCAAGCCAUGAUGGAGCAACUGACCGAACCACUGUCCCACAGGUUCAUGCACUGAACAUUCUGAGGGCUCUGUAUCGGGACACUCGUUUAGGGGAGAACAUAGUUCCCUUUGUCGCAGACGGUUUGAAGGCUGCAGUUCUUGGUUUUACCUCCCCUGUCUGGGCUGUGAGGAAUUCCUCCACUCUUCUCUUCAGUACUCUGAUCACUCGUAUAUUUGGCGUGAAAAGAGGCAAGGACGAGCAUUCCAAAAAGAACAAGAUGACGGGCUGGGAGUUUUUUAGUCGUUUUCCUGACCUUUAUCCUUUCUUGCUCAGCCAGCUUGAAGAGGCUGCGAGUUCAGUAAACAGUGACGCUGGACAAGUGAAGCUGCACCCCAGUCUGUUUCUACUGUUGCUGGUGUUGGGACGUCUCUACCCAUCACCCAUGGAUGGAUCCUCCUCCCCACUGAGUCUGGCCCCCUUCAGACCCUUUAUAAUCAGGUGUGGUCGAUCUGCUGUUUACCGCACUCGAGAGAUGGCCGCCAGAGCUUUGGUACCAUUCGUUUUGGUCACAGAUGUUCCUUCCACCAUUAAGACGCUCCUGGAAGAGCUGCCUGUGCAACCAGGGCCUGGAACUCAGCAAAACCACAUCCACGGGACUCUCUUACAGGUUCUCUUUCUUCUGCGCUCCUACCUGGCAGACUCUCACCGACCCCAGACGUCAGUAGGAGACCAGGACAGUGACAUCAUUGGGGCUCUUUGGCCGAGACUGUGGUUGGCCACAAGGCAGAAUCCAUGCUUGGUGACUAGAGGGACAAUGCUGGACAUUCUGGCUGAUCUGUGUACUUCUCGCUCCGCUCCAGUUGAAGAUUCUCAGCUGAAGAAACUACGCACGAAGACAUCUACCAUUCUUACGGACUCUGAGCUCUUGUCCCCCCUCAGCCCAGAGGAGGUGCACCUCUCAGGCCCCGGAGUCACGCAGUACCUGCAGAGCCUGGCAUGUAUGGCAACAAGCAUCGCCAUGGACUCACCUACUCUGUGGGGCACCCAGCUGACAGACGGAAUGCUGAAACAAUUGCUGCAGUCCUCAUGUUAUGAAGUUAGGCAGCUGGCGCUGGAGAAGCUUAUGCAGAGUCUUGAAAGACAACAGCAGCACCAGUCACUGCCCUGUGAUCUUAAGGUUUCUACCUUAACUUACCUGGCAUUACAUGAGCCACAUCCCACAUGUCUGGCCGAGGUUCUGCAAGUCCUCUGCAUCCUCCCCCUGUCAUACUUCUUGCCGUGGCAGGACAGUAGUGUGUCCCUAACUGAGGAAGAGGCUCUAGAUCAUCUUCUUUCUGUAGCAGAAGCCUCUACACACAGCUUGGAGCUGCACUGCGCUGCCCUCUCCUUGACCUCUCGACUGAUGGUGCACCUAGCCAAAGAGACGCCGUUGGAGGAUCUGGGUGGGGCUGUAGUUUCUCAUGUUAACCGCUGGGUGGCGCUAGUGACUCAAUGCUGUAGUGAGGAACAGCCAGGUGAGGUCAAACAGACAGCCGCAGAGAUGCUUGUGAAGGUCACACCAACCUUCCUCACCUCUACCAGCCUGCCCUUGGGUAUCACUCACACCCUGGCGCUGUGGCAGAGUCUCUUCAACUUGCUGCAGGAUGAAGACCAGGAUGUGAGAGAGAAAGCUGCUGACUUCACCUGUCAUGUGCCGACACAUGUCGUCAGCACAGGUGUACCUAAAGGAGCUGUGUCUCCCCCUGUUGCUCUGCAGCUGGGGGUGGAAAUUCUGUGCCAGCUGUUUCAGGUGUGGGGCCAGGUGGCCACUGGCAUUAUAACCUUAACAGAGUGGCUGCUAGGAGAUGACCAGGUAGAGCAAAGCACUGAGGAAACACUUGUCUUGGAUGAAGAAUUCCUAUUCGAAAAGGGGGACCUGAACCUGUGGGCGGAGCCUCUGCAGUGGGCACGUCUAUUACACAAACACCUCUGUGCUCUUUAUAUAAAACCAUCUUUACUUACUUUGCCCCCUGAUAAGCUGGACCAUUUGUCUGCUACUGCGGAUGCCAAAGUCAGCUAUGCCCAACGUGAGCUCGAUGCCCUUCCUACACUGCCCCAGUUCUCCACCACCAUCGAGCACGCGAAGCUAACUUUGCUAAAUGAGCGGGCCUCACUUGCUCAAAACAUACUGUUGAGACUGAAAACAGACUGCAGCUGAGAACCAGAGACCCUUCAUCAUCUCUCAUUUCGAGCUCAUUUUACCUUUCAGUGUGAAUUAAAUCAAAGGUUGGGGCAUUUAUUUAAUUCUCUGGACUGUUCAAAGGGACUUUCAGCCUGUGCUUGCGUGUCCAAGAGGAGCUGAUGUCAAGGAAAAUCCAAUUACCCUGUAACUGCGUAUAAAUAUGACCAUUGUUUUAUCAUUUUUUUCCCUGACUCAGAAUGAGUUUUCUUUAAAAGUAGUCCAUCUCAGGAUUCUUAAACAUGGUUUUAGUGUGUUAUAAACUGUAUUUUAAAUGUGUGGUGUUUUGUCUGGUUAAGCAAAUUAUGCACAGGCUUGAUGCUGACCAUAUUAAAAUAAAAGCUGUUUUACUAUA